GCCAGGAAGUCUUGAGACACUGCCAGGCUCAGCAGGCCCCUCUCUGGCUGCUCGGGGCAGAUUUAUCUGGGCCACAGGGGAAGAGUCUUCUGCCCCAGGGGCAUGGCCCAAAGGCAGAACUAAGUGCCCCGAAGUCUUGGCGCUCAAGAUGCAGCUGGAGUGGGCCCAAGAAGGCAAGAUGUGGCUAGGACUUCUGCUGAUGCUUCUGCUUUGUCCAAGCCUUGAGGGACAGGAAAACUCUUUCACCAUCAACCACAUCUACAUGGAGAUCCUGCCAGGACAGGAGGUGCAAAAUGGGGAGAACCUGACCUUGCAGUGCAUCGUAGACAUCAGCACCACCUCGCACAUCAAGCCUCAGCACUGGGUGCUCUUCUAUAAGGAUGACGUGCUAUUUCACAAUGUCUCCUCCAUGGAGACCACCGAGAGUUAUUUUAUUCCCCAAGCCCGGGUCUAUGACGCAGGGACAUAUAAAUGCACCGUGAUUCUGAACAACAAGGAGAAAACCACCUCGGAGUACCAGGUGUGGGUGAAAGGAGUGUCUGAUCCCAGAGUGACACUGGACAAGAGAGAGGCAAUAGAAGGCGGGGUCGUGAUGGUCAAUUGUUCUGUCCCAGAGGAAAAGCCCCCAAUACAUUUCACAAUUGAAAAACUCAAACUACAUGCAAACGGUUUCAAGCAAAAAAGAGAAAAAAAAAAAAGUUCUUAUAACCAGAAUUUUGUGAUGCUGGAAUUCUCAGUGGAGGAACAAGACCAUGUUAUAUACUUCCAGUGCCAAGCCACGAUCUUUUCUGAGAACCACAUGGAAUACUCGAGAGCCAUCAAGAGUGAACUGGUCACCGUGACGGAAUCCUUCUCUAAUCCCAAAUUCCACGUCAGUCCCGAAGGAGUGAUCACAGAAGGAGAUCAGCUUCACAUUAGGUGCACCAUUCAAGUGACGCAUCUGGUCCAAGCAUUUCCAGAAAUCAUAAUCCAGAAGGACAAGACGAUUGUAGCGUACAAGAGCCAUGGCAACGAGGCCUCCUACUCAGUGAUGGCCAUGGUGGAGCACAACGGCAACUACACGUGCAAAGUGGAAGCCAGCCGGAUAUCCAAGGUCAGCAGCAUCGUGGUCAACAUAACAGAGCUAUUUUCCAAGCCGAAGCUGGAAUCUUCCGCCACCCGUCUGGACCAGGGAGAAAGCCUGAACCUGUGGUGCUCCAUUCCAGGAGCACCUCCAGCCAACUUCACCAUCCAGAAGGAAAAGAUGAUUAUGUCAGAGUCUCAAAAUUUCACCAGGAUCGCCUCAGCGAGGGACAGUGGGACAUACACCUGCAACGCAAGCAUGGGCAAGGUGGUCAAGAGAAGCAGUGGAGUCCAGAUAACCGUGUGUGAAAUGCUCUCCAAGCCUAGGAUUUUUUAUGACUCCAGCUCCGAGGUGAUAAAAGGACAGACCAUCGCAGUCAGCUGCCAAUCCAUAAAUGGAACCGUGCCUAUUUCUUACCACCUUUUAAAAGCAAAUAACAUUUUGGAGAGCCGUGACAUGACCUCAAAUGAGCCUGCAGUAUUCAAAGACAACCCAACGAAAGAUGUAGAAUACCAGUGUAUUGUGGAUAAUUGUCACUCCCAUACCGAAAUGGCCAGUGAAGUUCUGUGGGUCAAGGUGAUAGCCCCGGUGGAUGAGGUCAAGCUCUCUAUCCUGCUGAAUGAGGAUGUGGAGUCUGGGAAGGCCGUCACGCUUCGGUGCUCCGUGAACGAAGCAUCUGGUCCAAUCACCUUCAGGUUUUACAGAGAAAAAGAGACCAGUCCCUUCUACCAAAUCACCUUGAAUGACACCCAGGCCAUUUGGCACAAGGCAAAGGCUAGCAAGGAGCACGAGGGACAGUAUUACUGCACAGCCUCCAACAGAGGCAACCGGGUCAAAAACAGUCCCCAAAGCAACAUACUGACAGUCCGAGUCUUUCUUGCCCCAUGGAUAAAAGGACUUAUUGCAGUAUUUGCCAUUGGAGUGAUAAUUGCCAUCUUGGUACUUGGGGCCAGAUGUUAUUUUCUGAAGAAAGCCAAGGCCAAGCAGACGCCAGUGGAGAUGUCCAGGCCAGCAGCACCACUUCUGAACUCCAGCAACGAGAAGAUGUUGUCAGAUCCCAAUACUGAAGCCAACAGACAUUACGGUUACAACGAAGAUGUUGGAAACCAUGCAAUGAAACCAAUAAAUGAAAAUAAAGAGCCUCUGACCUUGGAUGUGGAGUACACAGAAGUGGAAGUGACCUCUCCUGAACCUUACCAAGGUCUGGAAUCCAAGGGCACAGAGACGGUGUACAGUGAAAUCCGGAAAGCUAACCCUGAUUUCAUGGAAAACAGAUAUUCUAGAACGGAUGGCUCCCUUGAUGGAACUUAAGGCUGUGGGUGUAGACACUCCUCCCCUGGGGAGACGUCCAACAUUCCAAGAAGAGCAGAUGAUUCCUGUAUUCCAAGAGCUCUGUGCACUUAUUUAUGAACCUGCCCUGCUCCCACUGCACACAGCAGUUCCUCAGGCCAUCUCACCAGUUCUUCAUCCAUCUUACGACCUUGAUGUGGGGCAUAGAGAGAUACAGAGGGGCUGGUGAAUUCCCACCCGCCCCCCGCCCCCACCAAGUUGGAGCAUCCUCAGGAGUGGAGAGCUGCAGGAGGUUCAGGGUCAACAGGCCAUUGGGAUAUUUUGAAACUUGAAUAUUUUAUCUUGUACGGAGAUAAAGAACUUUUCCAAGUAUCUUCACAUACCGAAACCAUUUUUGUUUUGUAGUCGAUCACUUCCAGUGAAUGGCCUGGCUUAGGGGCUAAUUUUUCUCUUUGCCUUUGGUCCUUCAAAGGUCUGUGGUUCUGGGUAGUCCCUGUUCCUUGGAAGGUACACAGCACUGACCAGACAGCUGCACCCUGUUCCCUCCGUGACCUCGCCUGCCACAAACACGAAACCAAAGCUGCCUGGGAGCGAGCCCUUUGAGAUGCCAACUUGAAGCUAAGGUUCAUUCCGGGCAAUGCACAAAAUAGAAAAUGACAUUGGACGGAGCACAGAUGUUCUUAAGCUGAUUUUCUAUACCCUUUCUUUCUUUUCCUCUACCAUGCUGAAGGCUGCAAGACAGGAAGAUGUUGGCCUACAGCAGAUACUGUUUUUAAUAGAAAAACGAAAUGCGUAUUUUUCUUACUAAUUUUUUUUUUAUUUAUUCCUUGCUAAAGAAAUGGUCUCCUGAAGUCUUAAGAUGUUUCUGAUGGUGUCUUCAGUGGCUGGAUGAGCAGGACGAGUAGCUGCGGCCAUUCUGCGGCGGGAUUUCACUAGGGGGCAGACCUAACUGAACCCAUUUCCCCCAGCCACCUCAGUGACACAGCUGCAAGGUUUUGUAUUAAAUAAAUUUGAUCUUUACUCUUCACGGACCUGCGAAAUGUUACCUUCUAAGAGGC